CUUUCCCCCUCUGUCUCUCCGUCUUAUAAACACACCAAACUCAACAUUUCAAUAUCUUUCCUUGCCAACUUCACUUCAAUUUCCCUUUUCUAUACAAAACUUUCUUUCCGAGAAUCUACACUCUUUCGCUUGCAAUCCAAUUCGUUGGUAACCAUCAGACGUGCGUUCUUGUUAUAGAAAGCUAAGAUGUGUGGAGGAGCUAUAAUCUCUGAUUUCAUCCCGACGAGUCGGACCCGGCGCGUCACAGCUGAUUACCUGUGGCCGGACCUCAAGAAUACCACUUCUGGGGACUACUACUCAAAGCCCCGUAGAUCGGAGAUCGACGACCUCGAGGAGGAUUUCGAGGCGGACUUUCAGGAGUUCAAGGACGAAUCGGAGGAAGAAGAAGAAGAUAUUAAGCCCAUUUUGUUAAACUCCAAACCUGGCCUCUCUCGAGGUUCCACUACUGUAAAAUCAGUAGAAGUCAGUGGUCCUGCUGAGAAAUCUGCCAAGAGAAAGAGAAAGAAUCAGUACAGGGGAAUCCGGCAAAGGCCAUGGGGAAAAUGGGCAGCUGAAAUCAGGGAUCCUAGGAAGGGGGUCCGUGUCUGGCUUGGAACCUUCAACACUGCUGAAGAAGCUGCAAGGGCUUAUGAUGCUGAAGCACGGAGGAUUCGAGGCAAGAAAGCCAAGGUGAAUUUCCCUGAAGAGGCUCCCCAAACAGCUCAAAAGCAUACCUCGAAGCCUAACCCUCAGAACGUACUCUCCAAGCCUAACUCGGUAUCUGAGAAACACAGCUUCAAUUUCACCAAUAACCCAGAUGCCAACUUCUAUGAUACCAUGGGAUUUGUAGAAGAGAAGACCUCAAUUAAGGGAUCUGGGUAUAUGAGUUCAUUCCCUGUCAUUGGAAACCCAGCCGAAUUCAAACCGUUUGCCUUUAAUUCAGAUCAAGAGAGUAACUCGUUCAGCUGUUCUGAUUUUAGUUGGGGAGAUCAAGAGCCUAAGACUCCGGAAAUUUCAUCAGUUCUCUCAACUGCUAUAGAAAGUGAUGGGUCCGAGUUCCUUGAAGAUGCUAACCCAAAGAAAAAGCUGAGGACAGGAUCUGAGGGUGUGGCUCCUAUAGAGGAGAGCACACCAAAUACCCUGUCUGAAGAACUUUCAGCCUUUGARUCCCAGAUGAAGUUCCUUCAAAUGCCAUAUCUUGAGGGGAGCUGGGAUGCCUCAAUUGAUAGCCUCUUCAGCGGGGAGCCAACUCAAGAUGCUGAAAAUUCGAUAGACCUCUGGAGCUUUGAUGACCUUGUCCCUCCAACGGUGGGAGGUUCUUACUGAGGGAUCUUUGGCUCUGCUUGCCGGUUUUAUGUAAAUAAGAAGACAUGAAUGGUUGUUGGGGAUGAGAUGGGUGAGCAAACGGUUGGAAACUUGGAACGUCAAUUCUACCAGGGAUGGAGCGUUUUGCAGGCGGCUUUGGGUAAAUGAAAUCAUAUUUGUAGGUAUUAGUUUUAGAGGUUUUGUGUCAAGUGUAAUUUGGUUUCUGCUUCUGGGUACAAUGGAUCUGGUCUAUUUAGUUUUGAACUGACUGUGUUAUUAAUUAUGUGGUGAUAUACUGAAACCCGCAUGAUAUUGGUGUUCCUUUCUUCCCAUUUUCUUAUCAACAUCUACAUAAUUUGUUCUGUGUUGUGUCAUGCAUGUAUUCUUUUUAGGUUGGUUUUGUAUACUGCAAUAUCCAUUGAGUUACUGCCAACUGAUGAUUUGCCUGC